AUGCCUAACAGCAAAGGCUCCGCCAAACAGCCAGUCUGCCUCUGCAUUGAGGAGCUUGCGCAGGAGGUCAAAGAUUCUCUCAUAUCCCUCCCGUUGUCGCUGGAGUCACAGAAGACCCAAAUCUUCCUAGUAAGCAGCACUGAAAAGCAAAAAGUGCCAAGAGAGUGCCAUGAUGCAGUUUCGGUCCUGGUUCACCAGUUCCAACUGUAUCGGGGUAGCGUAAUAGCUCUGAUGGCACUUCCAGAAUCAGACGGCGUCAAAGAGGACAUCGAUUUCCACCUAGCCAUCACGUUGUACCUUACGGACAUUCUAGCCAGGUUUAUUGAUGAGCUUAGAGCGGAUGCUCCUGGUCCACGUACCAAGUGGCGGUCAUGCUACCUUGACUUUCACUUCGCAAUGGCUUUGGCCAACAACUCGUUCACAAAGGAGCAACAGGCCACUGCACUCAAGACGAUCGAUCACACGUGGAAUGACUUCCAGCAGAAGAAGAUAUAUGCACCAGUACAGCAGCUUGAUCUCGCAAAAAUGCAUGAUGCAUUCUGCAAAGAUGGGGUCAACGUCAUCGAACCACAUACUGCCCACAAGCCGGCAGAGGCGAAGGAAAUUCAGCAAAAGAAGAAUUUGCGGUUUGAAGAUAUCACUCUGACGGAUGUUAACACUUCUCCUGUGGGUGAGGUUCGAAAGACUCGCAAGGAUAGCUGCAAUGUCAACACCCAGGGUCCUACUGCAGCGGAUAAGGCGAAGAGGGCCCGCAAGCCUAACCGCAGUGUCAAAACAAUCAUUUCACUGGCGGGAAGCUCAACAUCGGCGAACAACCCUACUGACAUUGAGGAAAAUGAUAGUGAUGAAGUUCAAAAUAUAUAUGAGUUGCAGGAGAGCACCAAGAAGCCCCGUAAUAAAUCCCUUGUCCGGGCCAGGAAUAAGAAGACAGUGAUGCCCGAAAUGAUGAUCCAGCCGGAGAAUGAGAACUGUUCUGACAUGGAGGAUGUUGUUCUGGGAAUGGCAGCGAAUCCCUUUGAAACCAAGGAAGUCGGAAAAAGAACCUACAAGUCUACCAAAAAUGGACGGCGCACAAGGAACACGACAAAUAGUGAGAAAGUGAAGUCCAAGUCUAAGUCUGAGGAGACACUUGAAUCCGAAGUUCAGCGUGACGCCUCGGACGAUUCAGACCUGGAGGAUGAUGGUAUCCAAGAGGUUGCGAAGACGAUUGAGGGAGACGGAAAACAGACCCACAAGUCUGCCAAACGCAGACGCAACCGAAAGACUGCGACAAAGGAUAAGAAAGCGAAGUCUAAGGAGAUGAUCGAAUCUGAAGAUGAGCGCCACUGCGACUUAGACAUGACAGUCGCAUCAGAAUCAGAUGCAGAUGCUGGGGAGUACGAUCAUGUCAAAUUCCCCCGUGAUUUCGAUGACUGGGACACAUAUAUCAAGAAAACCUUCAAGGAGGGCAAUUCGCAUGUUUUUCUCAAACUUGCCGCAUGGAUAUCCCGUCGCUUCUGUGAGCUCGCAGGUAUCGACAAGGACGAUGAUUUAAACGGAUUGGUGAUUCCAAAACAUCCAGGUUGGUUCGUGUUUGAUAGCCAUGAUCACUUUCUCGAGGCCUUAGGCAUGGAACACAUGUAUGCCGCGACCACGCACAUGGACACACACCCUGAAUACCUCACAUGUGUCUUCCGUCAACUCGGUGAGCUGGAAUCAAAAAAAGAAAUGGGAAGCAGCCACCCUCAACUGAGGCCUCUUCUGUCCCCACCAACACCAGUUGCAAGCAUGAUGUCGGCUCACGAGCUCCCCUGGUUAUUGCCAUUGGUUCCCAGCACUGACGAUACUGAUAGUGAAUCCGACGGUGACGAGUGUGACAUCAAUGUUACACAUGCCUGUGAUAGGAUGGACAUCGCCAGAGAGGGUGAUUCAAUGGAUCAUCGCAAAGGGAAUGGUUCGGUAAAGCGUAAACGGACGUCACGGGUGGAGCCUGUACUGGCUGCAAAGUGUGUCAAGCGGGGACCUCGACCUACGUCACCAGCCGUGACUUCCACGACUGCAUCUAUAUCAUCGUCUGUAUCUGACAUCACCAAAGCCCUUCUCUUGGAAGAAAGUUUUGGAUCGACCAAUGAGCCUGCUGACACAGGAGUGGCGGUGACAGACACUGAUGGAGAUGUGUCUACGAAUGAACCACCUGAGACAGAAGAAGCUAUUGUAGACAUUGUCGAAGGCGCUGCUGGUUCUUUGAGUGAGCCUGUUCAUGGGUCAGGUUUCAAGGCUGGAUCCGAGCGCAUGUCUCCUGAAACGGCAGCCGCUGACGCGGAUGUGGGUACAAUGAUUAGUAAUGUGGUGGUGUCAACAUCCCUGUUCAUGCCUGCCAUCCAUUUAGAAGCAUCACAGUUGAUCAGCGACUCCGACAUGACGAGUGCAUCUAAUCCUGGUCACCCGUCCAAGAAGGAUGAAGAUGCACCUGCAACAUUGCUGUAUUGUGAUCUUCAAAUGGCAGCAGAGCAAGCUCGCCUUGUUUCAGAAAGAAAGUUGCAAGAUGCAGCUGCCGCUCGAACUGCGUUAAGAAGAGCCCAUGAAGAGCAUGCAGCACGUCUAGGCAAUGCAUUGCGGGGCAUCAAAGAUGCAGCAACACUGGGCUCAUAUCUCACGCACUUUGGGAUAUGUAGUCGGCAACCUCGCAUCACCGAUUCAUGGGCCACAAGCACUGCUUCACGGCUGCUUAUUAACGUGGGCAAGAAGCUUGCUGCAUUCCUGCAUCCGCCUUCAGGUCAAGAAGUGUCUGAGCUUUUGAGCAGUUGGCCGCUCGAGAGAAUUCUUGUUGAGGCCGAGAAGCUUGCUCUAACUGUUUGUACCUUCCUCCGUCAUAUUAACAUGGAUCUUCGCCUCACAUCAGAAUGGCGAGACCAAGACCUUGUUGUUGUCACUGUAAUUUGCAUGCUUGCACAAGCCCGCAAUGAACAAAGCAAUGGGUAUCAGACAAUGAUGUAUGUGUACUUGCUGGCGUGUGGGGCUUCCCGUUCAAUGUUCGAUGACCUACAUCAUGCAGGUAUGACAUUUUCAUACACGAAAGCUAUACGUACAAUUAAGAAGAUGGGGAAAGAGCGAGCAAAGAGGCUCAACGAAAUUGCAAAAUCGCAUCCCUUUCUGCUUGCAUGGGAUAAUCUUAACAUUGCAGUUCGAGUUGCCGAAGAGGCGGGACACAUUUCCCACCUCUGCCUUUUCGGACUUAGUGAACGUUGUCUGGUUCGACGAGCUAUCUCGAAUGCGUCUUGUGCUCUCUCCCCUUAUUUUUUGUCUGUGCUCACACUUGUCAACAUGGACUCCGAACGGCGGAAACGCGGACGACCAAAACGGAGCAAGAAUAAGCCUGGCACUAUCGGUGUCACUCACCCACGAAAGGACGGACGGAUCCCUGGAACAAUGGAUAACGUCUCCGCAUCAACGGGUAAAGUAUUAAUGGAUAUCGAGGCAUCUCACUUGCAGGCUGCAGCACCUGUCCUGCCAUCGAAUGCAGCAGUUGCACAUCCACCCCCACCCCCACCCCCAAUCACAUCCAUCUCUCUGACGAGCGUGUACACCUGGAAACAGCCAGAGCGCAGUUCCUCCAUUCCAUCUAGAAAGAACUGUGGUACGGACCGUGAUGCCUUGGACAGCGCUCUGCUUGAAAACCCAUAUGACUCGGACCUCUUUCGUGCCACAGAGACCAUCCCGGUUGAUGACGUGGAUGAUGCUGAUGAAGAUGAGGACUCGGAUGUGGAUUUUUGA